UCGAAUUUGUGAGUUUGAAUUAUAUAGUACUGGCACCGCGCCAGCCGAGAGAUGCGCGCGCGCUAAAUAGCUCCGGAGAAUUUUCUUUUCUUUCUGUUCAGAAAAUCGAAAGUGGCAGUACUUUAGUAAUGCUCAAAAAAUUGUGAAUCUUGGUGAUAUUUCAUUUUUUAAGUGAUACGUAGUUAAAAAAAAACAUAGUGCUGUGAAAAUGUCGCCCAGGUGUCCAGUUUUACCGUUGCAAGAAGUCACCUUAUCUUUGGUAGCUAGACAAUUGAUCCACACUUUAUCCAGAGUGACUACCGAGGAAGAUGUGGCUUUGCCGUUCGCUAUGGUGUCGUCUUACUACGAAAGUAUGGGUGCGACGAGUGAUAUAUUCCAAGAUAUACUCAAUUUAAUAUUGAAUAGCGAAUACCUCGAUCCGUCUAUUAGAUAUUUUACAAUGAAAUUGCUCUUGAAAGAGAACGUCAGGAGUUUAGCUACAGGAAUAUUCCCGUGUCCCUAUUACAGAAAAGUCCUUGAACUGAUUGCGGAGCAAGGCCGACACCUAACCUCUCUUAAUUUGAAAGGUGUGUGGGUUAAAGACGAGCAGCUCUCGCUUUUGUACCAGAUAAUAAAGAAUCUGACAAACUUGACCGCUCUAAAUAUACCUUACAUUGCUAACGAUGAAGUUCUCAAGUUCAUUGGGGAACAUAACAAAGUAUUAAAACUGCUAGAUGUGUCUGGUGAAACAGAUAUCACUGAGAUUGGCAUUGACGCUAUGUUAUCGGGAAACCCACAGCUGACUCAGAGUUUAACUGUUGUAAAUAUAGGAACGUACGGUGAAGAAAAUAUUGAUCACACAGACGUUGCACUUCUUAUACGAAAACUGCCUAAUCUUACAAACCUGGGAAGUUAUUCGUACGUUGGAAAGGCGUUAAACUAUAUUUAUAAUAAUGAAUGUCCGCCUAACUUCAAAACGAAACUGCAAUACGUUCACGAUGUACAAACGAAUAUUAGAACAAUGAAAGCGGUAACUGAAUUAUGUCCAUCGAUAGAAACAAUUUAUAUAGAAGAGCCAGACCAAGGCGUGCUACAAUUAUUAAAAGAUCUUCAUUACUUGAAUAAGAUUAAGUUAAACAAAUUUCAGUGCCACGAGUUACAUCAGCUGCUGGAUAAGAUAGGGUAUAAAAUUGUGACGCUUAUGCUAUCUGCUUCUAAAGGAUCAUUUAAUUUUACGAGAAUAGCGGAAACUUGUCAAAAUUUGGAAAGUUUGGAAUUCUACUCGAUCCAGACCGCUACACACGAAGAGGAAGUUCCGUUCAAUAAAUUGGAACACUUUGAAAUUAUUCAAGGGAAUUUGUCACCAUCCUGUUUAAAGUACCUCAUGACAGGUAGCCCUAAGCUCAAAAAGCUCAUCAUCGGUGAUGAAAUUAAAUUAGAUGAUCAAGAUAUGGCGCGGAUGCUACGACGAUACAGGUUUGAUAACCUUGAGGCCAUUUGGUUUCCAAACGCACCUCGACUGACAGUGGAGACUGUAGAGCUAUUGAUGGAGACAUGUCCCAAGUUGCAGAGCUUGGGCCAGCUCAGUGGGUGGCGGUACACCCCCGAUGACAUGAUGCUGAUGAGAGCAGUCAUUGCCAGUACUAACACUGACUUGAUACUUUCUCCUUUAGGGAUAUUUCAGCAAGGAAAUUGACAUUGAUUGAUAUAUUUAACUAUAAUUUAAACGAUUAUUGUUAUAGCGUUUAUUUAAGUGAUUUUAUAUUUAAACCUCAUUGUUUCAGUUAAGUUAAAGCUUAUAAAUAUUAUUAUAUAAAGUA